AUGGAUCUUGAUAGUAUUGAGGGCCUGAACGAAGUCCGCCCAGCAGUGUACCGUGCUGCGCUGAAGCUCCGCUCCCUGCAGAAGCUGUGUCAGAUGCACACUGUUACUCUGACGGAGCUGCGCCCGGUUCUCCUCCUCCUGAGCCAGUCGGCUGAUCCCCAGAGGCGUCUCUCUGAGGCAGAGGUGAGACAGGGCCUGGAGAAACUCUUUCAGAGCGUGCCUGAGGAAAUUCCGGGGCAGGUCGUUCCAGAGGCGAUCGAUCAGACCACUAGACUCCUCUUCAAGCUCUACGACAGGCCACAGGCUGGAUCUGUGCUGCUCCACUCAGUGCAGGCAGCGUUGACUGCUCUCUCAGGAGAUACUCUCACAGCCAAACACAGAGCUCUCUACAGACUGGGAGAAAGUCUCAGCGGUCAACUGGGCAGUGAGAGCAGCACAGUGACCCGUAGUGGACUAAGAGUCCUGCUUCAUGACCUCAGCCAGCUCCCUUGUGUGGUGCAGGAGAGCCAUGUGUUUAGCCAUGUGGAGACUGCAGUGAGGUCAUGUUUCAGUGGGGUGAUGACGGCAGGUGUGUGUGAGGAGGUGUUUGUGAGCUGGCUGCAGUCUGAGCCGCGGCUGCUCCUGUGGCUCUCCACCCUCUACAGGAUCUCUGCCAGUGAAGCUGUUGUCCACGCAGUGCGCUGCAGGGCUUGUAAAGCCUUCCCCAUUACGGGCCUCAGGUAUCGUUGUCUGAAGUGUGUUAACUUGCACCUGUGCCAAACGUGUUUCCUGACUGAGAGACGUAGCAAGAAACACAAGCCCUCUCACCCUGUCUUGGAGUACUGUUCCCAGCCCACGUGGAGGGAGUCGGUGGCCUCAUUGGCUUUGAAUGCCCGCCAUGCCCUGCUGCCCCGACGCCACACCAGGCGGGAGGCAGAGAGGAGAAGAGAGCUUACCAGAGGAGAAUCAAGUGGAGACCCAACAAACAGCCCUCACAGCGAUUCCCCACCAGUGGAGCAACAACCAUCAACCCUUUCUCAGCAGUCAUGUGACUUCUGUGAAAUGGCAACCCCACCUCCACGUCCUCCUACGGUCUGCCCUCAGGUGCAGGUGCAGGUGCAGGUGGAGUCCAAAGCUCUGCAGACAGAGGAGGAUCUGCAGCCACAAAGGAAAACGUCCUUUCUUCAGAAAGACCUGCACAUGACUCAGAAGGUCAUGAAGGAUCUGCAGAGAGACAAGUGGCUCCUGGAGAAGGAGUUCCAGGUGUGGCGUACGGCGGCCCAGUCGGAGCACGACUCCCUGGAGGACAGGUGCGCUGAGCUGGAGGCCACCAUGGAGACCCUGAGCCAACACAACCAGAGCCUGGAGCACCAGCUGCGGCACGUCAGACACGCCUUGAGCCUGCGAAUGGUGAACACUGGUCAUGUCCCUCAUCCUGUCCACACUCCACCAUCCACUGACUGCAGUGAGGGGACAGCUGGACCCCAGGGCUCACCAUCAGAGAGCCCAACGUCACAGCGUCUCCCCAGUGAGGAAGGUGAGGACAUGACGCAGGAAGAGGAAGUGGUCACAGAGAGGAACCAGGAAGUGGUCACAGAGAGGAAUCAGGAAGUUGAGGAAGACGAGUCCAGGGAGUGUUCUAAAGAAGAAGGUGGCUCUGAGCUCUCUCUCAGGUCAGAUUCCACGGGCUGUGAUGAUGACACAUGGCCCCCCGAUGUGACCUCUGACCUCCAGCAGUGUGUGGAGAAAGCUGAGGAACUCUUGUGGGGAGAGGAGGGCUCAGGGCGAGGUGAGGCCUUUGAGGAGAAGACACACAGCCAAUACCAGGAGGAGACACUGGGUGGCAGGAGUCAAGAGGACUACCAGGGAAGUGCCUUAGAGGAGGAAGAGGAGGAGGAUGAAGGAGAGGAAGAGCAGCUCUGUGAACUGGUGCUGAGACUCAAAACAACUCUGUCCCUGCCAACACACAAAGCAGGCUCUCAGCGGAGAGAUGUGCUCUUGGUGGCAGCACAAGGUGUCGGAGAUUCUGUGUCAAAUCUUGUCUCCAUGGUGAAUUUCUACCCUGGAAAUCCACCUCAGCCUCUGAAGUACCAAACAAUUGAUGUGCUCUUGGUGGCAGUGCAAGGUGUUGAAGAUUCUGUGUCAAAUAUUGUCUCGUCAGCGGAAGCGUCAGCUCUCGUGUGA